AUGACAGUCCUCAGUCUUGAGAUGACCUUCCUCAGUCUUCAAAAUACAAUCCUCAGUCUUGAGAUAACAGUCCUUAGUCUUGCGAUGACAAUCCCCAGUCUUGCGAUGACAGCCCUCCUAGCCUUGCCAUUUGCUUCCAGCAGCAGAGAUUGCUUCCUACAGCAGAGAUUGCUUCCUACAGCAGAGAUUGCUUCCAGCAGCAGAGAUUGUUUUCUACAACAGAGAUUGCUUCCUACAACAGAGAUUGCUUUCUACAACAGAGAUAGCUUCCAGCAGCAGAGAUUGCUUCUUACAGCAGACAUUGCCUCCUACAGCAAAGAUAGCUUCCAGCAACAGAGAUUGCUUCCUACAGCAGAGAUAGCUUCCAGCAGCAGAGAUUGCUUUCUACAACAGAGAUUGCUUUCUACAACAGAGAUAGCUUCCAGCAGCAGAGAUUGCUUCCUACAGCAGAGAUUGCUUCCAGCAGCAGAGAUUGCUUCUUACAGCAGACAUUGCCUCCUACAAGAUUGCUUCCAGCAGCAGAGAUUGCUUCUUACAGCAGACAUUGCCUCCUACAGCAAAGAUAGCUUCCAGCAACAGAGAUUGCUUCCUACAGCAGAGAUAGCUUCCAGCAGCAGAGAUUGCUUCCUACAACAGAGAUUGCUUCCUACAGCAGAGAUUGCUUCCAGCAGCAGAGAUUGCUUCUUACAGCAGACAUUGCCUCCUACAGCAAAGAUAGCUUCCAGCAACAGAGAUUGCUUCCUACAGCAGAGAUUGCUUCCUACAGCAGACAUUGCCUCCUACAGCAAAGAUAGCUUCCAGCAACAGAGAUUGCUUCCUACAGCAGAGAUAGCUUCCAGCAGCAGAGAUUGCUUUCUACAACAGAGAUAG